GACGAACCGGAAGCGGAAACGACGCAAUGCCGAGGCUCACACUCAAUUAUGUGAGAAACAGCAACACUUUGUCCCUCACCAGACUUUGAAUUGAUUUAUACCUUCUGUGUUGUUUUAAUUCAUUUGUUACGCACUCAGGGGAGGAUGAGCGCGGAAGCGGCCGACCGGGUCGCCGCCGUGACGAGCAGCCGGCCCGGCACGCCGCUCCAGACUUCCUGGUUCGAGUUCCUCCUGGACGCGUCCCUGCUGGAGAAACACCUGCAGAAGUCCAACCCAGACCCGACGGGCGUGCAGCUGGUCGUCCAGUUCCUGGAGCAGGCGUCCAAGCCGUCGGUGAACGAGCAGAACCAGGUGCAGCCGCCCGCUGACAACCGCAGGAAUCGCACCUUGAAGUUACUGGCGCUCAAAGUGGCGGCGUACAUGAAGUGGGACCUCGACGCGCUGGAGAAAGGCUUGAGCAUCCCCGUGCUGAACAUGCUGCUGAACGAGCUGCUGUGCGUCAGCAAAGUGCCGGCGGGCGUCAAACACGUGGACCUGGACCUGUCCACGCUGCCGCCCACCACCGCCAUGGCCGUCCUCAUCUACAACCGCUGGGCCAUCAGGACCAUCGUGCUGAGCAGUUUUCCCGAGAAGCAGACCAAGCCGGGCCCGCACCAGAUGAACAUGUUGAGCGUCGUGCAACAGGAAAAAGAGAUGACGGACAACAUCCUCAGCGUGUUGAAGGAGCAGGCCAGCGACUCCAUCAGCGUCCUGGCGGGGGCGCUGCGCCUGAAGAAGGACUUGUACGUGCACACGGUCAGGACUUUGGACCUGUUGGCCGCCGACGCCUCCGCCGCCAACGGCGAGACGGAAUCCUCCACGGCGGGCCUCCGCAUCAGCGCCAACGAGCUGCACUGCCAGGUCCACUACGACUUGGGCGCCAUUUUCUUCCAGCGAGGCUGCACGGACCGACCGGCCUUUGAGCAAGCCAGAGACCACUUCAGGCAGACCAAGGAGCUCCUGAGGAAGCUGGACUCGGCCGUGCACGUCCACCUGGACGAGGAGCGCCUGGCGGGCUACUGGAACGCCUGCAAAGCUCUGACCGGCGACUGCGACUCGCGCGACUCUCAGACCACCCGCUACGACCAGAUCAACGGGCUGCUCGCCGCCCGCGGCUACCAGGGCGUGGUGGAAGCCUUCAUCAAGGACAACGCCAGCCGGACUCUGCCCGACCACUUCCGGCACUCGGUCCUCAGGGAGCUCUCGUACAAGGCCCAGCAAGGGGAGGCGGGGCUGGACGAGGUGUGCCGCCAGCUGUGCGCGUGCAACGCCGUGCGCGACGCCCUGGACGGCGAAGUCCUCGGCGUGCGCUUCCGGCAGCUGCUCAUGAAGCCCGGCAAGCGCCUGCUGGACUUCGUUUUGGAGAACGAUGACAUCAGUUUGUCAGUCCGUCCGUCCUUUCGGUCGUCGUCGCCUCGGCGUGUUCCUAAUAAUGUGGGCUCGCAGGUGUGCUCGCGGUCCCUGGAGCAGGAACCUUCGUCGGAAGCGUCCAGAAGGAACGCCGCCGCUUUCAUGCGCGGCCUUUGCGAAGGCCUGGAGGAUCCGGCGCUGGCGUCGCUGGUGUCCUCUCACCAGCUCUUCGGCGAACUCCUGAGGGAGGAGGAGAGGACGCCGCUGGCGGAGCAGCUGAAGAAGCGCUCGGCCGCCGUGGACCUCGGCGCCAAGCCGCUGCCGUCCUUCUACGACAUCCCGGCGUCGGCCAGCGUGAGCGUCGGGCAGCUGGAGCAGCGCCUCAUCCUCUCCUCGGACCCGCGCGCCAUCCGGCACAUCCUCAACGAGCUGCACGACGCGGCCGACGGGCCCUUCUGGAAGGUCAACGGCAAGUGGGAGGUUCCUCCGGACUACAUCAACGUGAUCCUGGCCAUCAAAGACGGCCUGACCAAGGAUCUGGUCUACAUCCUCACGGCGAAAGGCCUCCACUGCACGGCCAUCAAGGACUUUGCGCACGCGCGGCAGCUGCUGUCGGCCUGCCUGGAGCUGGUGACGGAGUUCUCGCCGCGCCUGCGGCAGGUGAUGCUCAACGAGCUGCUGCUGACGGAGGUCCGGGCCCACGAGUCGGCGGCGGCGCUGGACGGCGGGAAGGAGCGGCCGCCGCCCGACCUCGUCAGCAGAGUUCGCGGCUACCUGGAGAUGAGGAUACGCGACCUUCCGCUGCGGCAGGCGGUCGGCGAGGAGUGCGUGGCCUUCAUGUUGAACUGGAGGGAGAACGACUACCUGACGCUGCAGGUGCCGCCCUCGGCCGUCGCCGGCAAUCCUUACGUCAAGCUGGGGCAGCUUCUGGCGUCCACGUGCAAGGAGCUCCCGGGUCCCAAAGAGAGCCGGCGCACGGCCAAGGAGCUUUGGGACGCGGUGGUGCAGAUCUGCAGCGUCUCCGUCCAGCACAAGCGGAGCAACGACGGCCGCGUGGGGCUCAUCAAGCACCGCGAGUCCUCCAUGGGCAUCCUGCACAGGAGCAAAUUCAUCACGUUUGUCAAGAAAAUCCGAGAGCCGCUGGUGCUGACCACGUUGAUCUCGCUGUUCGUGCGGCUGCACAGCUUCGUGCGGGACGACAUCGUGAACGACGUGACGGCCGAGCACCUCUCCAUCUGGCCGGCGUCGCUGCCCAACAUCCAAGCGGUGGACGUGGAGGCGGUGGCCGUGACGGUCAAGGAGCUGGUGACCUACGCCCUCACGCUCAACCCCAACAACCAAUCGUGGCUCAUCACGCAGGCCGACAUCUACUUCGCCACCAACCAGUACUCGGCCGCCCUCAACUUGUACCUGCAGGCCGGCGCCGUGGCGUCGGAUUUCUUCAGCAAGGCCGUCCCGCCCGACGUCUACACGGACCAGGUUCUGAAGCGGAUGAUCAAGUGCUGCUCCAUGAUGAACUGCCACACGCAGGUGGCGGUCCUGUGCCAGUUCCUGCGGGAAGUGGACUACAUGACUGCGUUCAAGGCGCUCCAGGAGCAGAACAGCCACGACGCCAUGGACUCCUUCUACGACUACAUCUGGGACGUCACCAUCUUGGAGUACCUCACGCACAUCCACCACAAGCGCGGUGAGACGGAAAAGAGACAAAUAGCGAUGAAAGCCAUCGGUCAGGCCGAGCUGAACACGAGCAACCCGGAGGAGGUUCUGCAGCUGGCGGCCCAAAAGCGCAAGAAGAGGUUCCUGCAGGCCAUGGCCAAGCUCUACUUCUGAGUCGCGGACCGUAAAUACGGCAGGAAGUUGCUCGGAAUGGCGUCUCGGACUGGCCCAAAGAAAACGUUUUCCCCCCACGCGGCGUCUUUGACGUUUAUGACGUGAACGUGUUCCGGUCGCACGGCCGGCGAGUCUGCGGGCGCCUGGAUGCCCAAAUAAGUCCACGCGCGACUUCGGCGCCGCUUUCCGAAGAUCAGAACAACGCCGGUGUCAUUUUUUGCUUUUUUUUUUUUUUUUUUUUUUAGUACAACACGUUUAUAUUCAUUUUUUUUUUUUUAAUGAAUGACAAUUUUGGAUAGAUUCCGAAAUGUUGCUUUGACAUUGUGUCCGCCAAAGUCCACCCCCGUCGGUCUCCUUUUGAACUUCCUGUCCCAACACGCGUCCCAAGUUCUGGUUUGCAGUUUGCCAGCUGCCCUGCAGGGAGCGCUCAUCUGCGAAGGUUCAAUAAAGGCAACAAUGCGCAGGA